AUGACUGCGUAUAAUAAACCUAAGAUUGCAAAUUUUGAUGUAGCUCGUAAACAAAAUGAAACAACUAGUGAAAUUCCUGAUCUGAAAAAAGUUGUUCGUUGGAUGGCUCCCGAAAAAAUAAGAGGUGAUUCUUAUACUACACGUUGUGAAAUUUUCAG